AUGGUGACCAAGACUACUGGAACUAAAAUUGCUUCCGAUGGUUUUAAGGAACGUGUGUUUGAAGCAUCAUUGGCUGACCUCCAAAAUGAUGAGGUUGCUUUCAGUAAGUUCAAGCUUAUUGUUGAGGAUAUCCAAGGUAAGAACUGCCUCACAAACUUUCACAACAUGGAGUGACAACAGACAAGCUCAGGUCACUGAUCAAGAAAUGACAGACCCUGAUUGAGGCAGCUGUUGAUGUGAAAACCACUGAUGGUUACCUUUUGAGGUUAUUUUGCAUUGGUUUCACAACAAAGCGAGCAACCGAAUCAAGAAGACAGCCUAUGCCAAGCAUUCAUAGGUGAAAGCCAUUUGCAAGAAGAUAGUGGACAUCAUUACUCGUGAUGUGAGCACUGGUGACCUCAAGGAUGCAGUUAACAAAUUAAUCCCAGAUGCACCUGGCCAAGACAUAGAGAGGGCAUGUCAGUCUAUCUACCCUCUCCACGAUGUGUUCAUCAGAAAGUUUAAG